AUGGCUGAUGUGAGGAAAGCUCUCCAUAGAGUCAACCCACAUAAAGCUGCUCGACCAAACAAUAUGCUUGGCAGAGUGCAGUGUCUCUUCUUCCUAAAAAGGCUGCUGAAGGCCCAGUCUCCACCAUCGAUUCUCACCAUCUUCUAUAGAGAAACUAUUGAGAGCAUCCUGAGCAGCUGCAUGACUGUCUGGUUUAAGAAUUGUGCCACCUUGGACCUUAAGACCAUACAGCGGAUAGUGAGGACAGCUGAGAAGAUCUUUGGAGUCUCUGUUCCCUCUAUCAUGGACAUCUAUGCCACAUGCUGCAUCCACAAAGCCUCCAGCACUGUGGCUGAUGAUACACAAUCCUCAGACAUACUCCUUACCCUCUUGCCAUCUGGAAAAGCAAGUCCUCUGUUGUCAAAAGAUGGGGAUGUGAUAAUCGGAGCUAUCUUUUCAAUGCAUCGUGGUACAGAGCUGCAGUCACUGGAAUAUACUAGACAACCUCAACCUUCACCCUGCAUUAGAAUUGACCUCAGGGAAAUCCGCCGUGUUCAAACUAUGAUGUUUGCAAUUGAUGAAAUCAAUAGAAGCAACACCUUGCUCCCAAAUACCUCAAUUGGUUACAGGAUUUAUGACAAUUGUCUCUUGGGCUUGUUCUCCAUGAAGGCAACAAUGGCUUUGAUGAAUGGUAUGGACUUAACAGCGAAUGAUUCUUGCUCUGGCCAAGAAGUAGUACAAGCUAUCAUAGGAGAGUCAGAAUCUACUCCUACAGUAGCACUGACACAAACUACAGGACCUUUUAAGAUCCCAGUGAUAAGUUUUGCUGCCUCAUGUGAAUGUUUGAGCAACAGAAGAGAGUAUCCCUCUUUCUUCAGGACCAUACCAAGUGAUUAUUACCUGGGUAGAGCACUGGCUUAUAUGGUUAAGCACUUUGGCUGGUCUUGGGUUGGAGCUGUGUACAGUGAUAAUGAUUAUGGAAACAAUGCAAUAGCCAUUUUUCUAAAAGCAGCCAAAGAGGAAGGAAUAUGUGUUGAGUAUUCUGAGAAGUUUCAGCGGUCAUAUCCAGUCAAAAUGAGUAAAGUGGUUGAUAUUAUAAAGAAAGGCACAGCCAAAGUAAUUAUUGUACUUCUUGCUUACUUCGAUAUGAACAUUCUAAUAGAACAACUUAUUCUAAAGAAUGUCACUGGCUGCCAGAUGAUUGGUGAUGUAUGGAUUUCUGCUAGCUAUCUAGCAACACCAGUAAGUUACAGUGUACUGGCUGGAGCCAUUGGUUUUGAUGUAGGGAAAUUGAAACUUAGUAGUUUUGCUGAUUAUGCUGUUAAUAGAUUUUGGCAAACAGCACACCCUUGCUUGAAUACAGAGGGAAAUGUUUAUGAAAAGGGCAACUGCAGCAAAUAUGAGGAGAUGAUUCAAUUUAAAAACUACAGUGCGGACAUACCAGAACUGAGAUAUGCAAAUAAUGUCUACAAUGCAGUUUAUGCUGUGGCACAUUCUCUACACAGUCUAUUAAGAUGCACACAAAACCAGAGUUGUGAGAAAAACAAAACAAUACAACCAUGGCAGGUUGUUGACGCUUUAAAAAAGAUCAAUUUUACCAGCAAAGUAGGAGAAAACAUUUGGUUUGACAGCACAGGGGCGACAGCUCCAAAGUAUGAUGUGGUGAACUGGCAACGAGGAGUCAAUGGAGUGGUGCAGUUUAGGGCUGUGGGUUAUUAUGAUGCAACUCUGCCCAAUGGACAACAAUUUGUCCUAAAUACUGAAGAUAUAGUGUGGGCUGGAGAAAAACAUGAGCCAAGGUCUGUGUGCAGUGAGAGCUGUCCUCCAGGAACCAGGAAAGCUGCACAGAAAGGGCGGCCUGUCUGCUGUUAUGACUGUAUACCAUGUGCAGAUGGAGAGAUCAGUAACCAGACAGAUUCAAAUAACUGUGAGCAGUGCCCAGGAGAAUUUUGGUCUAAUGCUGUCAGAGAUGAAUGUGUGUUAAAGGUUAUAGAGUUUCUUUCAUUUACAGAGAUCCUGGGUAUAAUACUUGUAUUUUUUUCUUUGUUUGGAGCCACAUUAACUGUGCUAGUAGCUAUUUUAUUUAUUAUAAAAAAGGACACUCCCGUUGUUAAGGCUAACAACUCUGAGCUGAGCUUCCUGCUUCUGUUCUUUCUGACUCUGUGUUUCCUCUGUUCCCUAACAUUCAUUGGACGGCCCUCUCAGUGGUCCUGUAUGCUGCGCCACACAGCGUUUGGGAUCACAUUUGUUCUCUGUAUCUCCUGUAUACUGGGAAAAACAACAGUGGUGUUAGUGGCUUUCAGGGCUACACUUCCAGGCAGUAAUGUGAUGAAAUGGUUUGGGCCUCUACAGCAAAGACUCAGUGUACUGGCAUUCACAUUUGUCCAGGUCCUUAUUUGUCUGCUUUGGAUAAUAAUUUCUCCUCCAUUCCCUUAUAAGAACAUGAAUUAUUACAAGGAAAAAAUUAUAUUAGAAUGUAAUAUAGGCUCUGCUAUAGGUUUCUGGGCUGUACUGGGUUAUAUUGGUGUUCUUGCAUUUUUGUGCUUUGUUUUGGCUUUUCUAGCUAGAAAGCUGCCAGAUAAUUUUAAUGAAGCUAAAUUCAUUACAUUCAGUAUACUUAUAUUCUGUGCUGUGUGGAUCACCUUCAUUCCGGCUUAUAUUAGCUCUCCAGGAAAAUUCACUGUAGCUGUGGAGAUAUUUGCUAUUUUGGCUUCUAGUUUUGCUUUAUUAUUUUGUAUAUUUACACCUAAGUGUUAUAUUAUUCUUUUUAAACCUGAACUAAACACUAAGAAAAAUAUGAUGGGUAAAAUGGCAUCUAAAUCACUUUAA